CUGACAGUGAAUAUCGGAACGCAGCCUAUAUUUAUCACUAUAUUAAGACUUGUUCUUUUUCGCUGAACUGGUUGUAUUAGGUUCACAGUUUAUCUUUCUUUUUUACACCGGAAGAAGAAAGAUAAACUCUGACCUAGUGCAGUCAGUUCAGCGAAAAAGAACAAGUCAGCCAAAAAGAACAGACCUUUGGUUCUAGCGACGUGAACGAACCUAUAUUUCUUUUCUUGACUUGACGUCAACAGUAUGUUAACCAAAUAUGUCUAACAGAGAUAGUAAAGUUUUAAUAGAAAAAUUCUAAUGAGAAGUGAAAACAGAAUUUACUUCGUUUAUAUCACAAUGAUGAUAAAGAAUUCAAAUUAAUAAUUUAGAUUUAAAUUUAAUUUUAAGAAUGGGUUGUAUUUGUUCCAAGGAAGUUAUUACAGUAAACUCGAGGAAAUAUAAAGUCUGCGAAUGUCUUGGAGAAGGUGGAUUUAGCACAGUAUUUUUAGUUGAGGAUAUUAUUACAUGCAAAAAGUAUGCUAUUAAAAAAAUUAUUUGCCAUGGAUUAGAAGAUCAGCAAUUAGCAAUAAAAGAAAUUGAAUAUUACAAAUUGAUAAAGCAUCCAAAUGUAAUAGAAUGUAUAGAUUCAACUUGUGAAGGCACAGCUGAUCCCCUUAGGAAUACAACAAGCAAAAUAUUAAUUAUUUUACCAUAUUACCAAAAGGGAACUUUAGCGAAUGUCUUAGAACAACGAGCAAAAAAUUCUGAUUAUAUGAAGCCUAUAGAUAUUCUCAACAUUUUUCUACAGAUUUGUGAAGGUGUAAAAGCAUUUCAUGAAGCAAAACCAGAACCUCUUGCUCAUAGAGAUUUAAAAACUGCAAAUAUAAUGUUUAGUGACAUUGGAACACCUGUUAUUAUGGACUUAGGUUCUGUGACAACUGCCAGAGUUCAAAUAUGUAGUACUCAAGCUGCGAGGGCUUUACAAGACUUAGCAGCUGAAAGAUGUUCCAUGCCAUACAGAGCUCCAGAACUAUUUAACGUUGAGAGUUAUUGUAUGGUUGAUGAACGAACAGACAUCUGGUCUUUGGGAUGUAUAUUGUAUGCAUUAUGUUAUUUUAAAUCUCCUUUUGAUACUGUUUACGAACGUGGCGAUAGCAUAGCUCUUGCUGUGAUUAGCGCACAUGUAACGUUUCCAGAAGGUACACCAUAUAAUAAGGAUAUGCAGAAUUUAAUUUUACUGAUGUUAAAAGUCAAUCCAAUGGAACGUCCAUAUAUAUAUACUAUAAUAGAAAGCAUUCAUGAUACUAUUGGUAAAUUAGAAGGCAGUUGUAUGGCAUAGAAUGAGAUAGAAUACCAUGAUAGCAAGUUACAUGUUAAAAAAAAUAACACAGAGUAAUAUGUAAAGAGAAAAUAUAAAAUUAAUACUAUAUGGCAAAAAGCUAUUGAAUAGAUUUAUAGGCAUUAUAAAGAGAGUUAUUAAAAUAUAUUUCAAGAAAUCUAUGAAAAAUUAUAAAAUUAUAAUUACAAAAUUCAUAAAAAAAAUCACAAAACAACCAAAUGUGUUCAAAAACAGCAAGAACGAAAACAAUGAGAAGAAAAAAUGAAAUAUUUUCAAAGAAGAAUAUUGAAGAUAAAAAAUUUGUAAAAAGAUAAAUACAUUCCUUACAUAAAUUAUAAUACAUGAUUAUAGUAUAAUCAUUUGCAAUGUAGAAAGAAAAAUAUUUAGAAAUAUUUUAAUACACAAUUCCAUGAGAAAAGAAAGGGUGACCUACGUAUGUAGUUUUUACAUCAUAUAUUAUUUAUGUACUGCAUAUUUAUGUAUACAUGACUGAAUGCAAAGAAGUUUUUCAUGGAUUCUAAAAGAAUAAAAAAUAAAAAUAAUUUUAUAUACAAA